AUGUCACGGUUAUCGGCUGAAUACAACUUAAAAUUAUCAUGGAAUUUUUUUGCUACAUCACAUGGUAAAGGGGUGGUCGAUGCUAUAGGUGGUAUGGUCAAACGGAUGGUGUGGCUAGAAAUAAUGGUGAAAAAACAAUGUCGAUCAGCUACUGAUUUUAUUUCUAUCGCCAUAACGAAAACGAACACAAUUAUUCUCGAUGAAAUCUAUCAAACGGAUAUAGAUGCAUCAAAAUUGAAACUUCAACAGGUAUUUGCAACGACGAAGUCCGUAAAAGAUACUCAGAAAUUACAUACUGUUAUUGCUAUUCGUCCCGAUGUCAUUGAAUGCCGAAUGUAUGGUGAUGCAACAUCAAAAUGGACUGUUUUUUUCUAA